AUGUCAGACGACAACGAUCUACAGUCUAAUGGCUACAGCAGCCACACACAUCCCAUCGAACGAUCCGAUUCCUCAGUGUCAACUACCACAUCGGAAAACAAUGAGCCUGACACCAGUCAGCCUGUAAUUCACCAACCCAUUCCCACUCGCCCACGAUUACCUAGUCGAAAGAGUAGUGGCCCAUUGGUAGUUCCCCGCGACAGCUCCGAAGUUGGUCCAGUUGAGGCUCAUUUUGGCCCCGAUGAUGUCAGAGCCAUGAGCCCACGUCGCACCAGCGAAGAUAUUGACCGACUUGGAAAAGAAGCAAGGGAAGAAAUGCGAAGGCAUGCUAAAGCAUUGCAAGACUCGCUCAUAACUAUUUUCAACCGCAUAGAAGCAGUGCGCGAGGAACACGACAAACUCGAUAACAACAACAAGUUCUUGCAAAAGUACAUCGGCGACCUCAUGAGCACUACCAAGAUAACUGCCUCCGGUAGCCGCGUAAAGAAAUGA